CAUUCUAUCCGACUCCAGCUGACACUGCAUCCCAGCUCUCUUCAAUCCAAAAGCAAAAAAUGCCUUCAAACACCAGCGCCAGCAUGUUUGGUGGAGCAGGCGGAAGGGGCUCCAGGGCCUCCGUGGCGAGCCUGGAGGGGCUGCGUAACGUGCUGCGCAAUGACACGGACAGAGACUCCGCUCCGUUGCAAGCGGCUCCAGCGCGCAGCGCUUCUCCUGCUCCUGCUCCUGACGCUCCUGCCGCGCCUUCCACUCGUCCCGACGACAAGCAAACGCUGAAUGGCCUGAAUAAUCGGCUGUCCGGCUACCUGGACAGAGUGAGGCAGCUGCAGGAGGAAAACCACGAUCUGCAGAAACAGAUUGAUGACAUUUUGGCCAAAAGGAAAACGCCUGAGGGACGCGACUGGGAUAAAGUCCAGGAACCUCUGGAGCCUCUCAAGAAGCAGAUCAAAGACAUCACCAUGGAUAAUGCAAAACUGCUGCUCCAGAUUGACAACACUAAACUGGCCAAUGAUGACUUCAAGAACAAGCUGGAUGAUGAGACAAAGGCACGGAAAGAUUUAGAAAAAGACCUGGAGAAUCUGAAGAACAUCUCUGAAGAAACCAAAAUCAAACAAGAUCAAACUCAGAAGGAGCUCGACUUGGUGAAAGAUGAGAUUGCUCGCGUUGAACAGGAACACAAGGAUGAGGUGGACGAUCUGUGUGAGAAGAUCAAGGACUCUGAGGUGAAAGUUGAAAUUGAAUCCCAGAACUCCAACCUGGCCAAGAUUGUCAACAAUAUCCGCAACCAUUAUGAUAAUCUAGCCAAGAAAAACCUACAGGACACAGAAGACUGGUACAACAGAAAGUUUGAUAACAUUAAGGUGGAGGAAGCCCAAAAUGUUGAAGCUGUGCAGUCUGGGAAGUCUGAGCACAAGUAUCUACUGAAGCAGAAGAAAAUACUGGAAAUUCAGAUACAGACUGAGUUCAGCAAGAUCAAUACUCUGGAGGAGACUCUGAGGAACACCAAAGCUGAGUACAAUUAUCAACUGGGCCCACUCAAUCAGGUUAUUCACGACAUGGAGGGGGAGCUGAAGAACAUGAGGUCGCAGGUGGAGCAGCAGAUGGAGACCAACAAGAACCUUUUGUGUGUCAAGAUGAAGCUGGAGCAAGAAAUCAAUGCCUACAAGCAACUGCUUAAUGGCGCAACUGCUGAUGCUGACAGCUUGGAGUUUGCUUUAGAGGAUGCACUGCACAGUGACCAGCAAAAGCAUGAGGAAGCAGUGAAAGAGGCAGCAGCUCUGGUGAAAGAAGAAAGUUCCCCCUCCAACAAAUCCACUCCCCCCAAACUGCCUGAAGAUGCUCCUGCUGAAGAGGAGGCGGCAGAGAAGGCCGACAAAGCAACUCUGGUUAGCAGGCCUGCUACAAAGAAGAAAACCAAAAAGUCCAAGGCAGAGAAGGAUUCAUCCUCCUCCUCCUCCUCCUCUUCCUCUUCUUCGUCUUCCUCCUCUGAGUCUGAGAAUGAGUCUUCAUGCAAAGAAAUUUGAUCUUUAACGGCAUUUUCCUGCUUUCUGUUCUCUUCUGUGGCUCUGACACGUCAUGUUAAAAAUGCUGCUGCUGUCAAACCUGUAAAGUUACCACAGUUACGUACAUUUUUUUCUGGUGUUGGUGAAAUAAUAAAUAAAUAAAUGCAUUCGGUUUUAAAUCCA